ACAACAAACUCUUUACUUCACCAGUUCUGCGUCGCCUCCUUCGCCUGCACGUCCACGCCACACCUUGUGCCACCUGCGUGUUUACAUGUGUGUGUGAGUGCGUACGUCGGGUAUUCGCGUGCGAGUGCGUUUUUUGAGUGCAGUCCUCACCUAUAAUCAAGAAGUGAGAGAGUGAGAGAAUACUCCCCCACACCAUGCCGAUCGUGCCGAGGACUCCCUAGGUAGAGGAGCCGCCGUAGUCCCUGCAUGUUAGAAGAGGAGGGGCAGGUGUGGCCGAGAAGAGAAAAACACAAUACGCUCGGGCUGGGUCCCCUGCAGGUGUCUCUCCCAGUGCUAAAGGUUAAAGGUUCAAUAGUCCCACCUCAUGUCUCCGCCCCGCUAACAACCCCUCACUUCGCCCCAAGAUGUGCUCGCCCCGCCUUGCCCACCCCUCUGUGCGCCAUCCACCCCUAAGAAACAAAGGUGCUGGAGGGAGGCAACGCUAGUCCUCAUAACUGGCUGUGUCUUGGUAGUGUCUCGCCCCUCCUCCCCCUCCCCUCAUGAGUGCCGGGGAGGUGUAGUGUGGCGCCGUGUGUUGCCAUGGGCACUGGAAGCAGCACCUAUGCCACGGAAGUGGAAACCUAUCCCACCGAGGACCCCUACGAGGAGGAAGACGUGGACGCUGUGGCCACGCCCCUGCGGCCAGCCUACGCCCCGGCCUCCACCAAGGUGUCCGGAACAUCCUUCAAUCGUCAAAGAAACCCUUGUCCUACCUUCAAUCCGUCCCUAUCCCCGUCCCCCGAGCAGGACCAAGACUCAGAGUCUCCCAAUAACGGCCUGCCCUUUCAGCCUGCCUUGGCUCCGCCCUAUAACGGUGUCAGCUACUACCCGCUGUCGGUGUCUGGUUCCGACUCGGUGGGUCCUGAUGUGGUGCUGUCCCGCGUGGUGCAGGUGCUGGAGACCGCGCCGCCCCCUUACCUGCUCCUGCCGGACCACCCAAACAUCCCACCCUCGCCUGUGAGCGUGAGGAAGCCGCCCCCCGUGCCGCCCAACACAGCCCACUCUCGCAGAGGGAGGCCUGGCUACCACCAGCAAUAUCCAUGCAUUAACAAAUCUCGCAGCAACACCCACACGGUGUCUGAAGGAGGUGUGUCAGUAGGAGGGCGGUCCCCAGACCCACAUCCGCCAUGCUAGCCUCCCCCAGCAUGGGAGGCUCAUCUUCGUUCAGUUCCUUAAGGCGGCGGCAGCCUUCGAGGUGAGGCACAACGCCCCUAGGUGAUCACGAACGCUUCCAGUAAACGAUUUUGUUCCACUCAUCCUUCGCAAGUGACCUGAGACAGAGAGUGGGGUUGAGGCGUGGUACGCGGCAACUUGAGGCAAGGCCUCCUCGCUGUCCCUCGCCUGCAGCUGGGUGCUGGGUCUGUGUCCCGGCAUGAAACCAUCUUAAAUGACUGGCUCGGAGCAUUUACGGCCUACUCCCCGAGGUGAAUAGUGUUGGAAGGAGAGUGUGAAGGUGGGUGUUGUAUGUACCGAGUGCAAGGGCAGGUGGGCGGACUGGUGGGAAGUUCUUCCGGUGGCGAGCAGCUGCAGGGAGUGACUGAAAAGGAUCCGGAGGAAAAAAGAGGAAGUGGAAAUGCUUCACAUCCUCACUCUUCCCUCCAGCCCGUCCCAUCCUGACGGUGAGGCUGGAGAGGACAGGGCAUUGAUGCAGAACAUGGAAUUAUCACAAUGCAAACGCGUUCCGAGCCUCGUAAUGUCCCGCAAAAUGUACAUGCAUACAACAGAAGCCUUCUUGCUGGAGGCUCUUCCUUGUCACAAAGAGCAGUGUAUUAUAUAUUGUGACGUGACACGUGCAUUGAGAAGCAGAACAAAUACUACAAUAGGAUCCCUAUUGAUGACCGGCAAUUAAUCUUCAUCACCACGGACGAGACAAUGGUGAAAAAAAAAAAGCACUUGUAACGUUCCUACUUGGUUAUGUUUGUCAUGAUGGUUUCCUAACAUUCCAUUCUCUUUUGGCCAACUCCUCUCUCUCUCUCUCUCUCUCUCUCUCUCUCUCUCUCUCUCUCUCUCUCUCUCUCUCUCUCUCUCUCUAUAUAUAUAUAUAUAUAUAUAUAUAUUUUUUUUUUUUUUGGGGGGGGGUUAAAAUAUUUUCUUAUCGUUUCACGUUCAGCUUUUCCGUCCAACAUUGUUUCUCGUUGAAAAUGUGCCAAUAAAAUUUCAUGUUGUUGUU